AUGGGUUUGUCUUUCAGAUUUAGAGAUGAAGGAUAUGAAGGCCGGAUUGUGGCAUAUGAAUUGAGUCUCAAAGUGUCCUCUCCACCCUACCACCCUACAGUUGAGACUCAAGAUUGUCAUAUUUCAUGUACUCUUCCUCCACCGGCCCCCCUCUCCUCCCCCACCGCCCCACAUUCUUUGUCUGCCGGGACUGUGUUUCAUGAAAUCGAGACAGUCUCGUUCUGCCCAAAACUUGGGAAUCCAUUCGUCAGGAUCUGCCGAUGGGCUUUGCAGAUCAGUGGCCUGAUCCGUAGCAAACAAGUCACACUUAAAGCGGUCACCAUCGCCUUGCCGGACUAUUCCGCGAUUUACUACAGUAGUCAAUUCUCCCUGGCACAAUACAUCUCUGACAACAAGACAAGAAUCCUGAAGAUGGUGAUGACUCGAGCCAUAUUUGAUGAUCAAGAAGCUCCGUUCCGGCGCCUCAGUGGCCGUGGACAUGGUUAUCCUUUAAGUCAUGACCGAGACCUACCUCCAGCACAUGGCCUUUAUUCUCCUUCUCGAAUCUCGCAUUUAGGUAGCCCCGAGAAUCGAAAUGGCGAUCAAGCUUCAGAGAACGACUCAAACACUCGACCGAGAAGCAGAAUCCCUGUUGCAUGUGGACGUUGCCGGAAGCGCAAGAUUCGAUGCAGCGGUGAUCAAGGCGGUCCGUGUUCAAAUUGCAAGAAUGCCGGAAACGAGCAGUGCCAGUUCUUGAGGGUCUCAUCAACAGAAGCCCAGAUGAAGAGCGAAUCCGCGGGUUAUGAUUAUGACCUCUCUCCAGGAUCCCGUUUGAACUGCCGCAUGGUUCCAUGCGGCCCGCAAUCUUAUGGACUGGGUCUUGACCCCUAUCAAUAUCGCAACAAUUCCAUACCGGCGUACCAAUUUCCAAUCAAGUCAUACUACUCAUACAAUGACUUUGAGGAAAACGUUGAUUACGGUCUUCAAGGCUCAUCUUAUUCACUGCUUCCAUCUGAACACAUGGCGAUGCCGAACUAUACGACGUCCGCAGGACGAGGCUGGACAACUCCGACCCCUCAGCUUCCAAAGACGUCGCUGUUCGUGGAUCAACCAGAUUCAGCUUACAAUCAUGGCCAGUUGCCGUAUCACGGUAGCACCUCCUUUCCUUUGCGCCCAGCCAUCAGCCCUGAGCCUAAGAGCCUCUCAUUACCAGGUUUUACAACCUCGCUCCCUACACCAUUGACAACCAAUGAUCGUAUGCUCCCGAUUCCUGCAACCAAUCGUCAAUCACAAGGAUCGUUCUUGCGAACCCCAGAGAGCCUUCAGCCGGUUUCGCAGCCAGGAUAUCAAUCUUACAAUGGCUUGAUGAGCGCCAGCAUGUUGAAUAGUCUCAAAAUCCAUAGCAAUGCAACCCCUCAUGAAUCCUCCUAUAUUCCGAUAUCGAGCAGCAGCCCCGAAUCCCUGCCGUCAUCGCAGAUGGCCUACAGCUCCGGACAGAUCCUGAAUUCCCAAUCUCAAGAGCUGUACCAAUCAUCCAAUAGCGAGAGUUUGUAUACUCCCAACGAUCCGUCUGAGUCGUCUUAUGGACACAGCAGCCCGGUGUCAAAGCGAGGAUCGCAAAGCAGCCAAGCCGCCAACAGCGAUGACUCGCUACCUUCACAAUCCGGCGGAUCACUCGUGAAUGGACAUACAUACGUCCCUUCGCCCUAUCAAUCAUCUUACCCGCCUCCACCGAUCGAAGUCCAAAGCUCGGCUCCUCCCCGCCUUCCAAACACGAGCAUCCCCGCAGCAUAA